AUGAAGGUGAUGAAGGGCAUCAGGAACGAGAGAAUAAAAAUGGCGCAGACGCAUGGAUUGCCAACAUUAUUUACACUUUCACCCACUAAUCCUUCCAAUAUACGCCUCAAUUCUCACUCAAAUUCUGUACGAGUGCGUACUUCAAAAAUUAGGGCAGAUGUCUCACUCGAAGUCGAAGAACACCCUUUUCCUUUUCCCCCAAACGCCAUGCGAAGGAAGCUUGAUUCCAGGUGGUUGGGUAGAUUCAGUCUAGGAAUUGAUCUUGGGUUGUCUCGUACCGGUCUUGCCAUAAGCAAAGGAUUCUCAGUUCGCCCCCUCAAGGUUUUUGAUUUGGAUUUUAUCAUGUGUGUGUCUACUCUAGGUUCUGGAAUUAAGGGGCCAAAAGCUUGA